AUGGCGCGCAACUACCAUGCCAAGUACAAGGAAGGCGGGCGGAAGCGCCGGCCCCGCGCUGCGUCGCCGUCGAGCGAAGAAGACUCGGACGACGCGCCCGUGCGCAAGAAGGCCAAGCGCGCCAAGCCGCCGACGAAGGCCAAGGCGAAGAAGCGCAAGCCAUUGCCCGACUCGUCGUCCGACGCGAGCGACUCGAGCGACGACGACGACGAGGAGGAUGUCUACUUGCACAUCCAGAACGGAUCAGGUCUCUCGACGGCCGUCAAGCAAACCUUCGCCUCGAAGAAGCUCGGGCGCGGCGACCGGCAUCUGCGUAGCCGCCACCUGUGGCCGGUCGACCCCCAUGGCGCGCCGUGGCUUCUCAAUGCGACCAAACCCAUCUCGAUCAGCGAAGAGAUCCACCUCUUUGCCAAGUACGUGCGCAUGCAGCCGCUCGAGGCCGAGGCCCGCCGCGUCUUGAGCAAGAGCAUCAUGCGCAUGGUCGAGACGCACAUGGCGCCGACGCCCGUGGCCUUUGACCACUUUGGAUCGCUCGCGCCCGAUUGCGAGUCGCGCGCAACCUUCCGCAGCGACAUUGAUCUCUCGAUGGAGCGCGCGCCCGAGAUCGACGCCAAGAAGAGCGACGAAGACGCGUCACCCGACAGCACGGACGACUCGAGUUCAUACGAAGACGAGCGUGAUCCGAGCGGCAGCAUGAGCUUCAACUUUGCCUCCGCGUUUGCGCCGAACGCCAAGGAGAUAGACGGACCGUCGAAGGAGUCGCGGGCCCAGCAAGCGCGAUUCCUCACGCGCGCCAGCGUCGGCCUCCGGCAAGGCGACCUCUUCCGCGUCCACGUCCGUGGCCGCGCCAAGGUGCCGAUCAUCAACCUUGUCCACCAUGUCUCCAAGCUCGAGGUGGACAUCAGUAUGGGCGUCGACAAGACGUCGGUGAGCGACCAAGUCAUCCAAUGGUUCGCUGCCACGUAUCCCGUGUUCAACCCCGUCAUCGUCCUCCUCAAGGAAUUCCUGCACCAGUCGGGGCUAAACAAGCCGUUUGAAGGCGGUCUCGGCAGCUACCGCCUCUACGUCAUGGUCGGCCACGUCAUCAACAUUGUCGACGAACCAUCGAACGCGUGGCGGGUGCUGAACCUCUUUUUCGAGUACUUUAGCGGCGCCGGGCGCUUCCAGACGACGACCGUGCUGCGGCUGCAGAUCCCCCGGACCAACCUCCGCUGCGAGGCCGAGUUCAAGUCGAUCUUCCGUUUACGUGAGUGCAACACGCUAUUUGCCCUUGCGGCCGAGACGCUCCGGAGCGCGAUCAAGCAGUCGCCGCGCGCGCCUUCGGUUCUCGCGUCCAUCUUUUGCACCGUCGACCUCCGCGAAGACCGCGACGAGAGCGUCUCGCGCGCCAACGCGGUGCUGCUGCUGCAGAAGGCCCCGGCGCCCAAGGCCGAGCCUAAGAAGGAGAUCAAGGACCUUCGGUUUGGGAAGCGGCACGUGGUCACGUCGGCCAAGAAGCUCAAGAAGCUGCAGACCAAGAGCAGCACGCCGUUUCCACGCGCGCCGAUGCGGACGCAAACGAUCGUCGUCGACUACAACGACUAG